CUUUGGACAACUCGGCCCUAUUGACAAAUCCCAGCUUUCUUGACCAAAGGGAAACCAGGUUCAUAUCAGAUACACACACAGCGGAAGAUCGCAGCUACUGUUUCGUCUUUUCCUGAAAUCAUUCCCAAAUCGCCGAUCAAUCUGACAAUGAACGUGAUCGAUUCUACCCAAGCGAAAAGCAGUUUACUAAGCUCUGAAACAGCAUCAUCAGAGAGAACCCUGUAUCCUUAUGUGACCGGUACAUCUGUGAUAGGUAUCAAAUACAAGGAUGGUAUUCUCAUGGCUGCUGAUAUGGGAGGCUCCUAUGGGUCAACCCUGCGUUACAAGAGUGUGGAGCGUUUGAAGCCUGUUGGGAAACAUUCUCUUCUCGGUGCAAGUGGAGAAAUCAGUGAUUUUCAGGAGAUUUUACGUUAUCUUGACGAGCUUAUCUUAUAUGACAAUAUGUGGGAUGACGGGAACUCAUUCGGACCUAAAGAGGUGCACAGCUACUUGACUAGGGUGAUGUACAAUCGUCGCAACAAGUUCAACCCGCUGUGGAACUCACUUGUACUUGGUGGAGUGAAAAAUGGACAGAAGUAUCUUGGAACUGUUAGUAUGAUCGGUGUACAUUUCGAGGACAAUCAUGUGACAACUGGGUUUGGGAAUCAUCUUGCACGGCCAAUUCUCCGUGAUGAAUGGGACGAGAACUUGAGUUUUGAAGAUGGUGUAAAGUUACUGGAGAAAUGCAUGCGUGUGCUUCUGUAUCGUGAUAGGUCUGCUGUCAACAAGAUUCAGAUAUCUAGAAUCACGGAAGAGGGUGUAACAAGCUAUCAGCCCUAUGCAUUGAAGACUUUCUGGAACUUCUCUGCUUUUCAGAAUCCGACCGUGGGUGCCGAAGGAUCUUGGUAGCCAGCCAGCUGGCCAUUUAGUGCCUGAAACGCAUGAUGGAAUUGAAAAGUUAAAUACAUGAGGCAGCCCUAUCUGAUAUAUAUUUUAAAUUGUGAUGUAUGUCUAUUUGAGUUUGGAGCUCUCGGGCAGGCGAAACAUUGACUUGAUAGGUAUGUUUUUAACUCAUCUCUUGUGGUUUUUUACCGAGAAUCCACCUGCUGCACAUGUCAUCCAUUUGAAAGUGUCCGCCAAAUUGAUCCCCAUAAUAAUGUUUUUUUUUUUUUUUUUUCACCAUAAAUUAUUGCUAGCUUGUAGCUAAUGUAUGUGGGGGCAUGAAAGGUAUUUUCAUUCA